AUGACGGAGCGAGAGAAGGCCGAAAGGGUGAAGAAGCAAUCGCAUGAGACUCUGGACGCGCUAGGCACCACUGCUCAAAAAUUCGCACCGUUGGCUUCGUCACGGGCUGCCCCGACUGACAACCUCCGGCCACCUUCACACGACGUGCCUCUGCCAGUUGCUGAUGACGCUGAUUCUGUGCCUGGGGAUAUACCCAAUGGAACCACAUCAGCGAGCUCUCACACCAGCACUGUCUCGUCUGUUUUCAGCUCAUCAGCUCGUCAAACCGCGCCCAUUGCAUCCGCUGCCGUCAACUCACCCCUCACCUCGCUAGACUCCCCGUCACACCCCAGCGCAAAUCCUGUCGCGAAACCUCCUUAUACUCACACUGUUCAUGACGAAAUCUUGUCGCGAGAGAUGCAUUAUGCCUCGGACUCCCCUGCGCCGUCUAGCAGCCGGUUAGCGCUAUAUGCGAACCGCAUCCCAGCCCGAGAUCCCACUCGAGACGAUGAUGCCCCUCCUACGGACCCCCGUCUCGCAAAAGGCGGCCGGCUGAAUUACAUUAAUGUCGACUUCCACUUCCCAAAGGCUCGCCUACGCCAUACGCCAUACAACCUAAAGCCGUACGCGUAUGAUGCCAAAACUUCGAUCGGCCCUGGUCCGCCAACCCAGGUUGUUGUCACAGGGUUUAACCCGCUUGUCUCAUUCUCCAAGGUCACCGGGCUGUUCUCGAGUUUUGGUGAUAUUGCAGAGAGCAGCAACAAGCUACACCCAGAAGACGGAAGCUACCUGGGCUUUGCGACUUUCAGAUAUGGCAAUGCUAGACCGACCCGGCAGUGGCCGACCGGCAUACCAGCAGCAGAUUCUGCAAGAAGAGCUGUGAGGGCGCUGAACGGUACUCGGCUCGAGGCAAAUCGCAUUCGCGUUGAGUUUGACCCCGAAGGCAAGAAGAGUGGUCGCAUGCUGGAGGACGUCUUGAUCAAAAGCAGAGAAAAAGUCAAACAGGCUGUUGCGGCUGCACGGGCAGCGUCCAACCCUAAAUCCAGCGGCCCCUUUUCCGAAACAGUUCCUGCGCCUCCCCACCGCACCGAAAGGCCCGGCCGCUCACAGACAAACGCCCGUCGGACCCCUCCACCACGAUCGAUGAACAAUGUGGCUCCCUCAUGGGCACCAGCCCAGCCCAAAAGAUUCGCAUCCCUUAUCGAAGACCAGCCCAUUGAACCCCAAGUCGCCGGUGAACCCCACAUAUUCAUCGCGAAGUCAUUCGUCCCCGUUAUGGCAACUACUAUACCUCAUAUGAAGAAACGCCUAAAGGCAUUCCGAUUCGAAGACAUACGACUCGAUCGAUCUGGAUACUUUAUCGUUUUUCGAAACUCGAGUCUCGGACGAUCCGAGGCAGAGAAGUGCUAUAAUUCUGCACGUGGUGCCGACCUCUUCACAUAUAGGAUGGGUAUGAAGCUGCACUUACCACCGCAGGCUCGACGCGAAUCCGCAUCAUCGACGCACGACCGAGACCAGUCUCCAGCCCCAGAGACAAUAUCCAAAGCGAGUAUCCGCUCACGUGAUGAAAGAGAGCGCGAGCGCCGCGAAAUAGAAGCCGAUAUUGAAGACGAAAAGAGGCAACGGGCCAAAAACUUUGAUCCGGUCAUGGAAGCUGUCGCGGUAGUGAGGCAGGAGAUGGUUGAACACCUCAUUAAACACAUCCGAAUGAAAGAAGGCAAAGGUGCCGGGCAACGCAACGUUGGGUUUACCGACCCGUUUGCUCGCAAGCGCCUGCCGGUGGCUCGAAACGCGUUCAGGUCCCUUCAUCAUCGACUCAAAAGUCCCGAUAGCGACGUUGAGUCUGACGAUGAACCGGAACAGAGGACGUCGGCGGUCCGGGAUACCGAAGAGCCGGAGUCUCGUCCUCGCAGCGGCAUGACUACUGAUGAUGAAGCAUCGAAGGAUGACCUAACUUCCUGGGGUCCUGGAGAGGACGAUUCUAUGACCGAGGCCAGCUUCAUUGUCAACGACACGGCCCCGCCGACCCGAAAACGAAAGCUUGACCUUUCUGUUGAAGCAGCAUUAAAGCGGCAAAAGAAAUCCGAUGAGGAAUUAUUCGGGGUGGCCAUCGAUCGUGUCGAAACCGACGGACAGCUCAAGGACGUGUCCGAAGAGGUCCUGCUUACUACCGAGGCGACAGAAGACAAGGAAACGCCAUCCCGCUCGGAAACACCUGCCCCAGUCGGUGCCAAGGCAGUCAAGAAAAAGGUACCCAAGGCCAAGAAGAAGACGAAGAAGCAACUCCUAGAGGAGCAAGAAGCUCUUCGUAAACUUCAAGAGCCCGAGGUCGCGGAAAUCAAGGAAGAGGCGCCAGCCGAGGAUAUUGCUUUCGGUGAGGAGAAGGCAAAGGCAAAGCCGUCUAAGGCCCGGGAACAGGCCCUUCCUGAUGAGAACCUUUAUCCAACCAAGCCUAAGGCAGCCCUCGAGCUCCCGGACAAUUUUGCCUUGGAAAUCAGUGCCUUUGAGCAACUUUCACUCGGUGCCAAGGACAGCCCCGACAUUGCGAGAUUGAUCGAGGGAUACUAUGUCCGCAACCCAACGGGCUGUGCUCGGACGGACGGCAUUAAGAAAAUUCUUAAUUCGGAAAAGUCCAAGUAUCUUCCGCAUCACAUCAAGGUGCAGAAGGCGAGAGAGGAACGGGAGGCUCGCGUCAAGAGCGACGGCAAGGAUGCCGUCACCACGGCUGCAGAAGCAGCCAAGAUCGCGGCAGAAAAGCUCCUUGCCAAGGGCAAUUCACGAGCUAACCGCGCCAACAACCGCCGAUUCGUGGCAGACCUCAACGACCAAAAGAAGACGCUGGGCCAGGACUCGGAUGUGUUCAAAUUUAACCAGCUCAAGAAGCGGAAGAAGCCGGUCAAAUUUGCGCGCUCCGCUAUCCACAACUGGGGCCUCUAUGCCAUGGAGAACAUACCCAAGGACGACAUGAUUAUCGAGUAUGUAGGAGAGGAAGUCCGACAGCAGAUUGCCGAGAUCCGAGAGAAUAGCUGCAUGCCCAACUGCACCGCCAAAAUUAUCAAAGUGGAUGGUAGCAAGCGCAUCGUCAUUUACGCGCUGCGCGAUAUCGCCCUGAAUGAGGAGUUGACCUAUGAUUACAAGUUCGAGCGCGAGAUCGGUAGUCUGGACCGAAUCCCCUGCCUGUGCGGCACUGCAGCAUGCAAGGGCUUCCUCAACUAA